UUGUCGCCUUUCUUAUUCAAAUACUCCGUCUUCGCUGGCUUCUCUUCUUCUUCUUCUUCUUCUUCUUCUUCAACGUAAAUCUCUUUGUUCUUCAUUGAUCUCUUUAAAACUCCAUCAACAGAUCUCAUUUCCCCCAUUUCUCAAUUUUCAUUUUCACUUUUUCCAAUUCCUUUUUUAUUCUUCUUCCUUCUCUUUGCCACCCAAUCCAAACUUAUCUUCCCAUUCCAUCGAGGGCUUUCUAUUUCUUUUCGCCAUGAUUGAUUCUGUUUUUUCCUGGUUUUUUCUUGUAUAAUAUGGAAUUGGGUAUUUCACGCCUUCAAAAUGAAUCUUUACAUUCGCCGGGAAUCUUCAAAACUAUGGAAACGAGUCUGUGCCGAAAUCACCACGGAGAUCAUUCUUCUUGCAGAAAAUUGGAAAUACCUUCUCGGGGGACUUGUUUGUCAGUACAUACAUGGUCUAGCUGCUAGAGGUGUUCAUUAUAUACAUAGGCCUGGUCCAGUACUUCAGGAUGUUGGCUUCUAUCUUCUUCCGGAACUUGGACCCGAUAAAGCUUACCUCAGUGAGACUUUGUUUUCAUUCAUAUUUUUAUCAUUUUUCUUGUGGACCUUUCAUCCUUUCAUUCUAAAAACUAAGAAGAUCUACACAGUUCUUUUAUGGUGCCGGGUUCUAGCAUUUUUAGUUGCUUCUCAAAUUCUCCGUAUUCUGACAUUCUAUUCUACCCAACUCCCUGGCCCAAACUACCACUGCCGUGAGGGUUCAAAACUUGCCACGCUGCCUCCCCCCAAAAGUAUCCUCGAAGUUUUCUUGAUAUUUCCAAGGGGUGUAUUGUAUGGUUGUGGAGACUUAAUUUUCUCUUCGCACAUGAUCUUUACUCUUGUUUUCGUGCGUUCAUAUCAGAUAUAUGGUACUCAGAGGUUUAUAAAGCAGUUGGGCUGGUUACUUGCUAUAGUUCAGAGUUUCUUAAUUGUAGCCUCACGCAAACAUUACACUGUUGAUGUUGUAGUAGCAUGGUAUACAGUAAACCUUGUUGUAUUCUUUGUUGAUAAGAAAUUGCCAGAAUUGCCUGAUCGAACAAAUGUCGUUGUAUCUACACUAUUACCGUUGAGUACAAAAGAUAGAGAUACCAAGCCAAAAGAUGAGAACCACAAGCUCAUCAAUGGAAACUCGGGGGAUCCUGCAGAUAGGAGGCUGAGAACUCAAGUAAAUGGCAAGAUUCUUGAAGAGGGAAAUGCAGUUCAUAUCAAUGGCUCGAUUAAUGGUGCUACAUAGAGCAACAGUUUUUUAUAACGGAAGUCACUGUUUGAAUUGAAGGGUCCCAGACAGGAUAUAAUCAAUGUGUUUUUUUUGGGUAGUUCAAGAACCACGAAAAUGUAAAUGUUGGACAAUUGUCCAAAUUACCUUUAAGUCCUCCAAUUUUAAAUUGAAGGAAUGGAAGUUUCUUUUCUUUAAAAGGGACAGUAAUUAGAAGCUGACAGUGAAUAGUUUUGUGUUAAGUAUUAGAAGCUUUAAAAGGAAGAAUAAGAACGUAUCUUCAAUUUGUAUAACUUAACUAGCAAAAAUUAAAGUGAACUUGGUUAAGUAGUA